AUGACGUGGAAUGGCGGUGAAUCCGCGUGGUGGACUGGAAGACACUUCGUUCUCUUGAUAAUCAUCAUUGUCUUCUUGCUCCCGCUUCUCUCUUUCAGACACGUUGACACUUUGCAGUACACAUCAUUUCUCGCCGUGCUCCUAGCGGUCGUGUUCGUCAUGAUCACAGUCGUUAUUGCGGCAAUCAACAUCAACAAUGGCACACUACCUGUGCCCAGCUUUUUGCCAGACUUCAGCUCAGCUAACGCAAUCAUGGCCAUGUUUAGCGUCAUCCCGAUCAUGGCUACAGCCUAUGUUUGUCACUUCAAUGUUCAUCCUAUCUAUGUGGAGCUGCAAGAACGCAACGAGAAGACCAUGCUCAAGGUUACUCGUUACUCCAUGACCCUCUGCACCAUUGUCUACCUCCUCACAUCCAUCUCGGGGUACCUCCUCUUUGGUGCAAGCACCGCCAAUGACGUGCUUGUCAAUUUCGACAGAGACCUUGGGAUUGAGAACAGCGACGUCGUGAACGACAUUGUGCGGAUCACCUACAUUUUUCACCUGAUCUUCGUCUUCCCUGUCAUCUUCUACUCGCUGAGGAACAUUGUGGAUGAUCUUUUUUUCCCCAAUGCUACCACGCCUCUGGUGGACGAUAGUAAGAGAUUCUGGCUGUCCACAGCGGCAGAGCUGGUGCUGAUUUACAUUGGCGCCACUGUCAUACCCAACAUGACACUGGCGUUCAACAUCACAGGCGCAACAACUACCAUGAUUGUUGGCAUGCUCAUCCCAGCUAUGCUCGCUCUAAGCAUCACGGGACUCAGUAGCAGCAUCUACUACAUCGUUGUCCACUAUUAA